UAUGUCAGAAAAAUAAGCGCCGGGGUAGAAGAGCUCCCUCAAAAAGUGUUAGAUAUAUACUUGAACACGCUUGAAGCUCGUAUUCAUGUAGUUAUUCGUUUGGGACGAGGUUUGUUGAGACGUUACACCGUGGAGCCAAGUGACGUUUGGGGAUUUCCAGUAGUGGCAACAGCCAAUAGGAGGCGAGCUGGAUGCGGAAACGCCAAAUGUCUGCGAAGUUAAGUCAAACCUCUUCCUCGUCUCCUUCUUCAUGUGACACUCUUCACACGCUGCCGCUUGUUGUUGUUGUUGGACACACCAGCACGGCUCUUCCCCCUCACCGGGACUCUCUUCAUUCUACCGCCAUUUAGUCCAUUUGGCGUGUGCUCCUCUGGCUGAAGACAUGGACGUUUUUAACGGCGCGGCUGAGCGAGGACUGUCCGACUUUGACCUCAUCCAAGAGAUCAUCACAGAGGAGCGCACAGGUGUGUCUCUCCCCAGGCCGCUGCCUCCUCCUGCCGAGCCGUGCAGCCAGAACCACAGGAAGCUGCAUCAGAACACCUCUUCGCCGCCCUCUCAGCAAGUACUGGUGGCCAGAGGUACUGCGUGUCAGACAAGCUGCAGCUAUGCACAGCCUCUCCAGCAGCCCUGCUCCUCCCAGAAUAUGUCUCGUCCUACACCAUCCUCGGGCCAUCGUCAUCUCCAUCAUCAUCUUCAUCAUCAUCAUCAUCUCCAAGCCGACCCUUCUCGGCGUGGUCCAGGGUGCUCGAUGACAUCAAAGGCCGCCGGCCCCGUCUCCUCUCAGGGGCGCGGGGCCGAGGCGAAUAUGCUGGAGCGUGUUCUGGAGAAGCCCAAACUGGUGGUGGUCGAGCAGCCCAAAGAACGAGGCAUGAGGUUUCGCUACGUGUGCGAGGGCCGUUCGGCCGGCAGCAUUAUGGGGGCGUCCGGGACGGAAAGCAACAAGACUCAGCCUGCCAUCGAGAUUGAAGGCCCCAUAGACCACUUGAAGAAGGUGACAGUCACCGUUUCCCUGGUGACCAAAGACCCCCCACAUCGGCCGCACCCCCACUGCCUGGUGGGAAAGGACUGCCCCGAGAAGUCGGGAAUCUGCGUCGUGACGCUAAAUCCUCACAGCAACAGACGACACAGCUUUGCUAACUUGGGCAUCCAGUGUGUGACGAGGAGAGAACUGGACAUCUCACUUCAGAGGAGAAAAAGUCAGAAUAUUGACCCCUUUCAAACUGGUCACUCCAAGGGCAUCGAGGACAUGGAUAUGAACGCAGUGCGUCUGUGUUUCCAGUGUGAACUGGAGUGGGAGGACGGCAGAACGGACAGCCUCAGCCCCGUGGUGUCCAACCCCGUUUAUGACAAAAAAGCAACCACCACAUCGCAGUUAAAAAUCAGCCAGUUGAACCAAUACAGAGGACCUUGCACUGGCAAGACCGAAAUCUACAUGCUGUGUGACAAAGUGCAGAAAGACGACAUCGAGAUCAUCUUCAGGCGCGGGUCGUGGAAGGCAAACGCCGAGUUUGCCCAGACGGACGUUCACCGGCAGAUCGCCAUCGUGUUUAAAACACCGCCCUAUUGUGACCAGGACAUCACGGAGGAAGUGGACGUCAGCGUCACGCUACGCCGUCUCUCGGACCAGAUCGAGAGCGAGCCCAUCAGCUUCACGUACUCGCCAAACAACACAGAUCCUUAUGAUGUGAAGCGGAAGAGGAAGAUCAAGCCCGAUGUCAACUUCCAGGAAAAAGCCAACAUAAAAGCCGAGUCAGCACCAGAGCAGACCUUCCACGUCCCUCAUGCCGUCAUGUCGCCAAGCGAGAGGCUGUGCUCUCCGCAGGCGACGUCAUCCACUCUGGCGGAGAUGUGGUACACCGAGUCACAGGACAUAGACAUGGACACGGAAAACCUCAUUAGCCAGCUGCUAGAACUGCUCCCGGACGAGGCGAUAGUAUCCGCCAUCCCCUCUGGAUUCGAUCAGGGCCCAGAGGGCGGCCAGGCCCCCUUCGCCAACAUGGACGCCAACCUCAACCAGACGUUUGGCUCGUACACACAGGACUUUUCCCACUACUCAGACUUGCAGUUCAACAUGCUGGUCAACGAGAACCGGAACAUGCAGCCUGAGACGCAGGCCAGCCCGUCCAACGGAGUCCAGGUGAAGAUAGAAGUCCCACCAGCCGGUAUGGAGGAGUAUUUGGACCCCAAAGCAGAGACUCAGGCAAUGUUGGACUGUAAUGAUUUAUUUAACAAAAGGGAGCACGUUGGUGUAGAAAAAGCCACGCAACAAUAGUUUGAGAGAACAAGAAAGUACAAGCAAGAAUGGGACGAAACGUAAACUGAAUGCAGAUCAGAAGAACAAAAAGUAAAUUAGUCUCCACCAAGAAAAAAACAUACCGGAGCUAUUGACAUUGCAAAGGAACAGGCAGGUGACAGGUGUGGAAACCACAGGGCUUAAUAAGACCUGCUUGCAAAGUGCAAUCAGGUGAGGGAUUGAGCAGAAAAGCGUUGAACUGGCACAGCAGUCUGCAGACAGAAAGAAGCAUGGGAGGUAGGCGACCUGGAAAGGCAGGAAGCACCAGAAAUUAGUCCUCGCCACAUCAGAAUGCAGCCUGUUUCUGUGAAGUAACAAUUUAUGCAAACAUUUUAGUAGUUACUAGAGCAUUUCAAAACAAUCAUCACUUGAAAAGGCCUUCCAUGCAUCCAUCCAUUUUCCUCCGCUUAUCCGAGGUCGGGUCGCGGGGGCAGCCACUUUGUCCAGCUCCUCCCGGGGGAUCCCGAGGCGUUCCCAGGCCAGCCGGGAGACAUAGUCUUCCAAACGUGUCCUGGGUCUUCCCCGUGGCCUCCUGCCGGUCGGACGUGCCCCAAACACCUCCCUAGGGAGGCGUUCGGGUGGCAUCCUGACCAGAUGCCCGAACCAUCUCAUCUGGCUCCUCUCCAUAUGGAGGAGCAGCGGCUUUAGUUUAAGCUCCUCCCGGAUGACAGAGCUUCUCACCCUAUCUCUAAGGGAGAGAGAGCCCCGCCACCCGGUGGAGGAAACUCAUUUUGGCCGCUUGUACCCGUGAUCUUGUCCUUUCGGUCAUAACCCAAAGCUCAUGACCAUAGGUGAGGAUGGGAACGUAGAUUGACUGGUGGUAAGUUGAGAGCUUUGCCUUCCGGCUCAGCUCCUUCUUCACCACAACGGAUCGAUACAGCAUCCGCAUUACUGAAGACGCCGCACCGAUCCACCUGUCGAUCUCACGAUCCACUCCGCCCCCACUUGUGAGCAAGACUCCGAGGUACUUGAACUCCAAUUGGGACAAGAUCUCCUCCCCAACUUGGAAAUGGCACGCCACCCUUUCCCGGGCGAGAACCAUGGACUCGGACUUGGAGGUGCUGAUUCUCAUCCCAGUCGCUUCACACUCCGCUGCGAACCGAUCCAGUGAGAGCUGAAGAUCCUGGCCAGAUGAAGCCAUCAGGACCACAUCAUCUGCAAAAAGCAGAGACCUAAUCCUGCAGCCACCAAACCGGAUCCCCUCAACGCCCUGACUGCGCCUAGAAAUUCUGUCCAUAAAAGUUAUGAACAGAAUCGGUGACAAAGGGCAGCCUUGGCGCAGUCCAACCCUCACUGGAAACGUGUCCGACUUACUGCCGGCAAUGCGGACCAAGCUCUGACACUGAGCAUACAGGGAGCGGUCCGCCACAAUCAGACAGUCCGAUACCCCAUACUCUCUGAGCACUCCCCACAGGACCGGGGUACACGGUCGAAUGCCUUCUCCAAGUCCACAAAGCACAUGUAGACUGGUUGGGCAAACUCCCAUGCACCCUCAAGGAGUAUAGAGCUGGCCUACCGUUCCACGACCAGGACGAAAAGGCCUUUUAAAUACCAAUUUAAACCAAGUCAUUGUCCAACCCCAACCCUUGAUAGCCAAUUUCAGGAAAUACUUUGUUUGGCUACCAAAUCAAAACCCUGACAUUUUUUUGUGAAGUAUCUAUUAGUUUGUCGUAAUCAGUGAGGAUUUGUUUAUGCUAAAAUAUGCUGGCACUUUUUCCCCAAAACAAGCUUUUUAAACACAAGUUUACACUGAAAUACACAUGUAAGGUAACUGUAAAUAUAAAAAUGAAGUAGACUCUAAGGGUUAUGCUUUGGAAAACAAUCAUUGAAAUGGUCUUUUUAACACAGUAUUCACUGUCUGCUAGUUAAUCCAGGAAAUAGUCGGUUUUACAUCUAAAUCCAGUCUUUCUGAGGUACUAAAAAUGUUAUUUAUGCGUUUGUUAAAUUUGCUUUUACAAAACAAAAAGGAAAGAAGGAUGUAAGAAAACAUAUUACAUCACACUGUCAAUGUCGUUCUCAAAAAGAUUUUCGAUCAUUCUUGGUCAGUAAAAUCAAUCUAAUGAGCAGAGAACCUACGUUCUCAUUAGGGGCCCAUUGAUUUGUAUUUCCUGUUACACUUCCUAAAGUACCAGUAUCUGUAUACAUUUCACUGUUGGCAUUGUAACAUUUGAAAUAGUAAUUAAAUUGAUUAACUGUUGCAGUAAACAGACAACGUUAAAUUAUCUUUAAAAAUAUGUGCCUCAGCUUAUAAAGUUUGGGGAACAUUGGGAAACAUUAGGCUAAUUAAUCAUUUUGUUAUAUGCUCUGUUAAGAUAAUAUUUUUUCCAGUAACAAUUAUCAUCGAACGUUAUUUUGAGCAAAUCCUACCAUUAAAAAGACCUCAAAAUCUUUCCUAACCUCUUACACUACGUGAUGCACUUAUUCCGUUCAUAUAGGCUGCCAACUAAUCCAGGGAAUCGUCUGUUCAACAGUUAAAAUGAAUUACUGAGGACUAAUUUAUACCUUUUCCAAAGCAAUUGCCUAAUUCUCCAAUUUAGAUAAGUCUUAUCACUAAAAAAAACAUAUUUUUCCCAACAGUGUGCACCUUGGACUGCAUGUAUUUAAUGAAUAUACUGUACGUCUUACACUAGCCAUUGAUGAAUCCUGAAGGCCUUGCUGGUCAUGGCUUUAAUGAAAAGGAGCUGGACAGCAUUGCCAAAAACAUACAGUACAGGCCAAAAGUUUGGACACACCUUCUCCUCAUUCAAUGCGUUUUCUUUAUUUUAAUGACUAUUUACAUUGUAGAUUGUCACAUCAAAACUAUGAAUGAACACAUGUCGAGUUAUGUACUUAACAACAAAAAAUACCGUAUUUUCAAUUGCGAUUAUAAGACGCACUGCCGAUGGAUGGUUUAUUUUUGAUCUAUUUUCAUAUAUAAGGCGCACCGGAUUAUAGGGCGCAUUAAAGGCCUACUGAAAUGCAAUUUUCUUAUUUAAACGGGGAUAGCAGGUCCAUUCUAUGGGUCAUACUUGAUCCUUUCGCGAUAUUGCCAUAUUUUUGCUGAAAGGAUUUAGUAGAAAACAUCGACGAUAAAGUUCGCAACUUUUGGUCGCUGAUAAAAAAAGCCUUGCCUGUACCGGAAGUAGCAGACGAGUAGCGUGACGUCACAGGUUGUGGAGCUCCUCACAUCUGCACAUUGUUUACAAUCAUGGCCACCAGCAGCGAGAGCGAUUCGGACCGUGAAAGCGACGAUUUCCCCAUUAAUUUGAGCGAGGAUGAAAGAUUUGUGGAUGAGGAAAGUGAGAGUGAAGGACUAGAGGGCAGUGGGAGCGAUUCAGAUAGGGAAGAUGCUGUGAGAGGCGGGUGGG